UAUAUCUGGUCUCCCUGGACCCUGCAUUCACUAUAUCUGGUCUCCCUGGACCCUGCAUUCACUAUAUCCGCUCUCCCCGGACCCGGCAUUCACUAUAUCUGGUCUCCCAGGACCCUGCAUUCACUAUAUCUGGUCUCCCCGGACCCUGCAUUCACUAUAUCUGGUCUCCCUGGACCCUGCAUUCACUAUAUCUGGUCUCUCCCGGACCCUGAAUUCACUAUAUCUGGACCCUGCAUUCACUAUAUCUGGUCUCCCCAGACCCUGCAUUCACUAUAUCUGGUCUCCCAGGACCCUGCAUUCACUAUAUCCGCUCUCCCUGGACCCUGCAUUCACUAUAUCUGGUCUCCCAGGACCCUGCAUUCACUAUAUCCGCUGUCCCCGGACCCUGCAUUCUCUAUAUCUGGUCUCCCAGGACCCUGCAUUCACUAUAUCUGGACCCUGAAUUCAUUAUAUCCGCUCUCCCCGGACCCUGCAUUCUCUAUAUCCGCUCUCCCCGGAUCCUGCAUUCCCUAUAUCCGCUCUCCCCGGACCCCGCAUUCACUAAAUCCGCUCUCCCCGGACCUGGCAUUCACUAUAUCUGGUCUCUCCGGACCCCGCAUUCACUAUAUCUGCUCUCCCCGGACCCUGCAUUCACUAUAUCCGCUCUCCCCGGACCCUGCAUUCACUAUAUCCGCUCUC